AAGGAGUACCAGGUCAGCUCAUCCAGUGCUGCAGAGGAGCAGCUCUAUUCUACUGUUUGCUGGUUUAAAUCAUGUUAGGAUUUAUAUUGUGUGUGUCCGGACAGGUAGCUCUGUGCACGGGACUGUUGUUCCUAGCUUUAGCUAAGCUCACAAGCACGGACUGUGAUGUUUGCUAACAUUAGCUCUCGCUUGUUUCCCAUGUAAACAGACCGUUAAUCUAUGGCUUCCCAGGGAGUCGUUCACAGGCGGUGCGGGUGGUGAAUGACGGCGCUUUCCGCACGGGUCAUGGCGGACUUCUUGAGGGCAGCACACCGCCUCUUUCUAAAGAUCGCCCUGUUCCCCAGCGCGCUCCGUAGGACGGGCCCGCGGCCGAGCGCCUCCGAGCUGCUGACCUGCCACCUGCUGCAGCGCCGCCUCCCGCCGUGGACCUCGUUCUGUGUCCGCUACAGCUCGGUCCACAACGACCAGUUCGGCCUGUCCAACUUCAACUGGACAGUGCAGGGGUCCAACUACCACAUCCUGAGAACCGGCUGCUUCCCCUUCAUCAAGUACCACUGCAGCAAGGCACCUGCACAGAACCUGGACUUUGAGGACAGGUUUUUCACCGCGCUGAAAGUGAUUAAUCUGGGGAUCCCCUGUUUGGCCUAUGGCAUUGGCUGCUGGAUGGUAGUGGGAGCUUCAGAAACAGUGCAGACAAGUGUCGGACCUGUCACAGUCUAUUUCGCCUACAAAGAAGAUGAAGGCUCACAAUAUUAAACCUAAGACUCUUUUUUUUUUAAUCGUGAGAUCAUAUGUUAUUAUUAUUUAGUUGCUGCUUUUACAGCAUUUCCUCAGGUUGUGUUUCGGCAUCCGCUGUCACAAGUCUUCUCAUUGUGUGAGAGCACAGGUUCAGUUGUGUUUUAAUUAUUAAAGAUUUAAGGUUGUAAA